AUGGCGCCUCCAACUACAAUUCGCAGUAGGAACCAAGCGCUCGCACCGUUAGCGACGCUUGACUCAAAAACUGACUGCCAGCUGAAAGAGCUUGUGCAAUGGGAGUGCCAAUUCAAAGGCGCAGACUAUAUCUGUUCGCCUUUUAAGAGGCUUUUUGAACACUGCAUUGCACCCGACAAAUCAGCCACUAACUACGAGGUCACGGAUACAUACACAAAUAGUUAA